CACGCCCCUGCAUGAUGGUGCUUUGUAUGAAUGACAUCGCCUAGUUUAUUUAUUAAUUUGCUUUUAAUCCCAUCUCUAAUGUGAGCAUUACAUCACUACACUUGUGUUAAGGAAGAUAUACGAUUAGUUUUUGUUCCGUCAGUGGUGAUAAUGAAAUGAAAUUGGUUGUCAUGGGAAUAUGAACUUGGGUUGUCAGUGGAGUGAGCAUAUGUCAGUCGGUCAGUAGUUGAGCCAGAGGCAUGUCGGAGAUAGACCUGGGACUUCCGGCCACUUUUGUCCAACAUGGAAAUUUUUUAGUCGACACAAAUUCAUCUGGUUCUGAAGACAUUUUUGAGGACUCCCGUUCCCCAUGCUCUCUGUCGGCGUCUACCUCCGACUCCGUUGUUGCCUCUCAGCAGGGGAAAAUAUUCUGUUCCUCCUGCUGUAAGGAGAUAGUGGACAGAUAUCUCCUUAAGGUGAACAAUGUGUGCUGGCAUGUCCGAUGCCUGUCAUGCUGUGUGUGCAAGACAUCUUUAGGAAGACAUGUGAGCUGCUAUAUCAAAGAGAGACAGGUUUUCUGUAAACUGGACUACUUCAGGAAGUAUGGUACCCGCUGUGCUCGAUGUGGCCGUACCAUCCAUUCCAGUGACUGGGUGCGACAGGCAAAAGGCAGCACUUUCCACCUGGCUUGUUUCUCCUGCGCUACCUGUAAGCGACUGCUGUCCACUGGGGAGGAGUGUGGACUAUUGGAGAACAGACUUUUCUGCCGACCCCACUAUGAUAUUAUGAUGGAAAAUAUCAAACGAUCCAAAGAAGAUGAACAAUCCAAAAUGAAUGAAGAGCAAGCAGAAAAGGAGGGCAACACAUCGAGACCUGCGAAGAGGGCCAGGACCAGUUUUACUGUUGAUCAGUUACAGGUAAUGCAAACUCAGUUUGCCCAAGACAACAACCCAAAUGCUCAGGCUCUCCAGAAACUGUCUGAGAGGACUGGUCUAAGCCGCAGGGUUAUUCAGGUCUGGUUUCAGAACUGUAGAGCUCGUCAAAAAAAGCACAUCAACCCAAAUUCUGUCUCGAAAACAAUAAUGCAACUUCCUACUGGUCAGCUGACGCCACCGCUGAUGGAUGAUUUGCAAUACACUGCUUACAUAAACUCAGAUGUACCUCUUCUCACCACAAUGACCUAUAUGGAUGUGCAAACUCCAGACCCACUUCUUCUUCAGCCCCUCAUAUCCCAUCCGCUGACACAGCUGCCAGAAAGUCGUCUAACUCCGGAGAGCUGAAGCUAACCACACAUGCCGCUUCUCCAUAUUUGGGUGGCUGGUGAAUUGGCACUCAUGCCAGCUGACUUUGGGCAAGAGACAGGAAACCACCUGGCCUGGUCUCCAGUCAAUCACAGGGUCACUACACACAAAGAAAAAUUGUUGCCAUGCUGAAUGGGUUUCUAUGCACUUAAAAUCCUUACGGCACACAGGGAGGUUAGAAAAUGUCAGGUGUUUGUAUUUGUUUAGUGAAAUUCUAUGUUGGAAAUGUAUGCUACAUGUAUUUAUUUGUUAUAUAUGAUGAAAAGGUGCAAAGAUUGAAGAGAAUUACAUGAUUUAAGUUUAAUACUAUGAAAUUUCAGUCACAUAUUUAUAGGAUGUAAAAUGCGUCCUUGAAAUGAAACUGGUUUAUUUAUGAAUGAAUUCUGGCAUUAGUAUUUCCUCUCCUUUGCCUCCAUUUCAUUCACUGGUGAGAAUAAUUACUCAGCAAACUAAAAUUGAUGGGUUGCUAUGAUGACUUCUUCAUAUACUCACAGUAUGUGUAUUUUCACAAGGAUGCCUUACCACCGUGUACAACACAUUUUUGUGAUUGCUGGAAUACAGGAACUAAAAAUUGCACUCUUUCAGGGAAGAAGUGGGAAUGGUUAUUGUAGGAGUGUUCAAACUAGGGCAUGUGGCCCAGUUUUUAUUAGCCUGCAGUACAUAAUGAAAAUAU